AUGCUUAGCAUUGAUGUAACAAAGAAGUGUCUUGUUGCUGAAGGAUGGAGUCCCAUAUUUGCAACCCAACAGAUUCAAGAAGCACUCCAGCAGGCAACAAUUGAUGCUAAGUCACAAGUGGGUGCCAUUUUCCAAGUUUUGCAUACGAAAGAAAUGCCCCCAACUUAUUUCAGGACAAAUAAAUUUACCGAGUCUUUUCAAACAAUUGUUGAUGCAUAUGGUGUUGCAAGGUAUCAAGAAGCAAACCCUGGAGUAUACACUGUUGUCACGUUUCCAUUUCUUUUUGCUGUGAUGUUUGGUGAUUGGGGGCAUGGAAUAUGCAUCCUGAUUGCAGCUUUAUUUUUAAUAUUCAAGGAAAAGAAAUACUCAAGUCAGAAACUUGGAGACAUAAUGGAAAUGACUUUUGGGGGUCGAUAUGUUAUAUUCUUGAUGGCUCUAUUUUCAAUCUACACGGGUUUGAUAUAUAAUGAGUUUUUCUCAGUUCCUUUUGAGUUAUUUAGUCCAUCAGCCUAUGCCUGUCGUGAUGAUGCCUGCAGUGAGGCUACAACUAUAGGUUUAAUAAAGGUGCGUGACACAUACCCAUUUGGUGUGGACCCCGUAUGGCAUGGAAGUCGAAGUGAAUUACCAUUUCUCAAUUCCUUAAAGAUGAAAAUGUCUAUUCUUCUUGGUGUUGCACAAAUGAACCUUGGAAUAGUAUUGAGCUUUUUCAAUGCUAUCUACUUCAAGAACAGUGUCAAUGUCUGGUUCCAAUUUAUACCCCAGAUGAUAUUUUUUAAACGCCCCACUGAUGAUCUUGCUGAAAAUGAGCUUUUCCCAAAUCAGAAAACCGUUCAGCUUGUGCUACUACUUCUAUCCUUAAUUGCUGUCCCAUGGAUGCUGCUACCCAAGCCUUUCAUUUUAAAGGCACAGCAUAACAGGACACACCAAGGUGAGUCCUACGUGGCACUUGAAGGGACAGAUGAGUCACUGGUGGAGGGAGGUCAUGAUGGUUCCCAUGAUCAUGAAGAGGAAUUUGAGUUCAGUGAAGUGUUUGUUCAUCAACUUAUUCAUACAAUUGAGUUUGUACUUGGGGCAGUGUCAAAUACUGCUUCCUAUCUUCGUUUAUGGGCACUCAGCUUGGCGCAUUCGGAAUUAUCCACUGUGUUCUACGAGAAGGUUCUUCUUCUUGCGUGGGGGUACAAUAAUGUGAUUAUCCUUGGUGUGGGGAUAAUUGUAUUUGUGUUUGCAACUGUGGGGGUGUUGUUGGUGAUGGAAACACUUAGUGCCUUUCUACACGCGUUAAGGCUUCACUGGGUGGAGUUUCAAAACAAGUUUUAUGAAGGAGAUGGCUACAAAUUUGCUCCCUUUUCAUUCGCGUUGCUAGUUAAUGAAGACGAAUGAUCACGUGCCACCUGUCCAUAUUUGCAUUUGUAAUUUUCCUAUCUUGCCCUUUCGAUUUGGACUUGGACGAUAUAUGUGUAAAAAACAAUGACAAGUGAGAGAGAGAGAGAGAGACCUUUCUGCCAGCAUUCCACCAUUUUUUUUUCACCAAUAAGAAGAGCAUUCUAGUGGCUUAAUGUGAAGUGUCAUAAGUUAUAACACUUUGUAUUUGAUGACAUUUUGGUAAUGAGAAUUUGUUUAUUUAUGCAAAUUAUUUAUGUUUAUGUUCC